UGAAGUUAGUUCUCCUUUUUUGUGAAAGUGAAACAGUUCUGCGCUCAUUUGGGGACAAACUGCGCAGGAAAGCGGAGACUCGGUGGCCUGUGGUGCGUUCACGGCCACCGGAAACAUGGCUGCGCUGCGUUCACUGCUGCUGGGCUUUGUGAUUGUUGCGACGGCUUCCGCUAGAGCGCCGAGGCGGCGGGUGACCCUGAACGAGGGAGGGUCGCCGUGGGGUUUCCCUGACAACGCGGUCGGUUUGAUCAACGUCCCGACCUCACAGCCGGGUCCGGAGCCCGGAGACCCCGCUGAUGCGUUCACGGUCCCGACUCUGGAUGGGCGGUUCUCCUACCAGCCCGGUGCUCUGGAGGGACCGGUGGUCAUCCACGCCUUCACCAACAAGUCCGGGUUUCUGGAGGCUAUGUGGAGCUCCGAGUCUUCGCUGCGCCGCCUGGUGGACGGUCUGCCGCAGAGCACGCGCGUGCUGUUCGUGUCUCUGGACGACUCCGCGGUCACCGACGCGCUGUGGAUGAGAGAGCAGCUGCAGCGAGCCGCCGUCCGCAGGAAGGAGGUUCUGACCCGGCUGCAUUUCUCCCCGGUGCCGGUCUUCGCUCUGGGUAACUGGAUCCCCAAUGUUCUGUAUUACUGGGGCUGCUCAGGGCACAACUGUGGUCUGGAUCAGGCCGUCUUCACGUCUCAGGGAUGGAGGAUGCCCAUCAUCGUCAAGAGGCUGGAUGCCAGAUACGAUUGGCUGAUGGGACGCUGGGGCGCAGGGCCCUAUAGGCUGUUGGAUGCAGGAGACGCGUGCAGCCCUUCGCCUUCAAUGGCGGGGGCUGUAGCCUGGGUGUCUCAGGGCAACUGCUCCUACUUUACAAAGGUCCGGAACAUGGCCAAAGCCGGCGCCGCAGGUGUCCUGGUCUACUCCCUCCCGGGUAACCCCAUCCAGGACAUGAACUGCGUCGAGGAUGAAUGUUUCCAGGAGCUCCGCAUCCCGGCUGCCAUGGUGCACCUGGAGGUCGGCGUCGAUCAGGCUUUGCGGCUGGGGAAGGCCGUGGACGUGUCCUUCCAGAACACCCCCUCUCCGAACUUCUUCGUCGGUAUUGACCAGCAGGGGGCGCUGGCUGAGAUGGGUUGGUUCCUGUACCCGAGCCUCAGAUUCAUCAACUGGCAGGCGGAGUGGUUCGAUUUCUCCGCCAACCUGCAGGUCAAACUUCGGCGCCCUGCCAAAGUGGUUUCUGUGUUUGCCAAAGUCCAGAUGCAGGGAGAGGAAGGAGCCGUGGCCACAGUCGACCUGCCUCCCGACCUCUGGGAGUUCAGGACGCUGGAGCUGGACGCCUCGCUGUCGUGUCCCGGCCGGAGAGACUCGUCCUGCCCCCCCUGGGAUCACACUGUGCAGCUGUUUGUGUGCUGCGAUCGCCUCAGUCCGUUCUGCAACACAGAGCUGGGCCGCUGGAUCACGGCGUUCCGCAGAGGCAGCGGCCGCUGGCUGACGGACGUCUCCCCGCUGCUCCCCCUCCUGGACGGCAGAUGCACCUUCACCAUGAAGACGGUGCCGUGGGCCAAACCCUGGGUCGCCUCCCUCAACCUGAGAUUCAGUGACAGCAACCAGACGGAAGAGACGGUGGAGAAGCUCCGCCCCUUCAGGGUUCUGUCUCUGUACGGCGGAGGAACGUUUGACAGAAACUACAACAAGCGGUUCCGGCCCAUGAAGUUCUCGGUGCCUCCAUCAACCAGAAAGGUGGAGCUGCUCGCCACCAUCACCGGGCACGGCAGCGACGAGAACGGCUGCGGCGAGUUCUGCGUCACCUCGCAUCACUUCCUGAUCAACGGCGUUCACAACAACAGCCGCGUGUUCGAUUCAGCAGGGUCCAUUCUGGGCUGCGCCCUGCGGGUCAAAGAGGGGGCCGUGCCGAACGAACACGGGACGUGGCUGUACGGGCGAGGGGGCUGGUGCGACGGCCUGCAGGUCGACCCCUGGAGGACGGACGUCACCGAGCAGGUGGACCUCAGCGGACUGGAGUCCAACACCAUCAUCUACUUUGGACUGUUUGAAGGAAAGGAUCCCGAUCCCGCUCAGGAGCCCGGAUACAUCAUCAUGUCUUCAUUUCUAAUCUUCUACAAAUGACGCUGCUUCAGAAUUGUCCAUAAAUGUUGCACUGAAUGUAAAUUAAACAUUAAACUUCAGUUUUUUUAAAUCUUUA